GAGAGAGAGAUAAAAAUAAAUACGAUGACCCCCAAAACUAUCUCUGGGGCAGCUCCCCGAAGUCUUUCGCCGUGUUAAACAGUGUUAAAAGCGUCCACCUUUUUCUUUGCCGCCUCAGUUUCCCCGUCGGAAAGAGAAAUCAACAUGGAGCAAGCCGCGGGGGAAGAGAUCGACGGAUCGCUGAGCCUCCCCUUAAGCCAAGAUACCUUUGAGGAGAUCUGGACGUCCCAAAUCACCAACCUGUUUGCUGAAUCGGAGAUGAUGCCCGCUUCCAUCCAGCAAGCCACCACUUUCCACCAAGAAGCGGGCAGUUCCAUGGAUCAAACCAACUUUGGCUUGUUGGCAGCUGGAGCUCCGUUGGUGCAUCUGGCUGAAAGCUAUACGGCGGGAGAAGACUACAGCAACUUCUCGGGUUUGGGAGAGUUUCCGGUGGACUCCCAAUUCCAGCUCAAUGAGCCCAAAGAUUAUGGGGCCGGGGAGAGCUGCGUCUUCCCCCCCACCGAAGACCAUGCUGGCCAGUUCGACUUCGAUCUGGAGUUUGAGAAGUCGGGCACCGCCAAGUCGGUCACUUAUACGUACUCGCCGGAGCUGAAUAAGCUGUAUUGCCAAAUGUGCAAAACCUGUAAAGUGCUGGUGAAGACCUCCGGGACUCCCCCGCUCGGUUCCGUCAUCCGGGCCAUGGCCGUUUACAAGCAGUCUGAGCACAUGGCCGAAGUGGUCAGGCGCUGUCCCACCCACGAACGGCAGCCUAUGCACAACGACGAGGUGACCCCCGCCGACCAUCUCAUCCGGGUCGAAGGAAACCCCCAGGCCCGUUACUACACAGACCCGGCCACCAAACGGCACAGCGUCUGCGUUCCUUACCAGAAGCCACAGGUGGGGAUGGCAUGUUCCAUCAUCCUGUACAAUUACAUGUGCAACAGUUCGUGUAUGGGUGGCAUGAAUCGACGUCCCAUCAUAGCCAUCCUGACGUUGGAGACCUCACACGGGGAGAUUCUGGGACGCCGAUGUUUUGAGGUUCGUAUCUGCGCCUGCCCCGGACGAGACCGACGGUCGGAGGAGCAGGCGAAAGAAAAAGCCUUGGAAACUACGAAAAAGAGUAAAUUGGAAGGAG